AUGAGUAGUUUAGUUAGAAAUCAAUCAUCAACUAAAAUAAAUUUUAAGAAGCUGAUUAAGAAACUGAUAAUGAAAAUGAAUAGAGAAUUGGAUAGAAAUCAAGAAGAAGCUGCAUUUCAUAUAAAUCGAGGAGCGUUAACUUGUUUUACAACAUUAUGCAACACUUUGAGUAUAAAUAAUCGAGUGAUGUAAGUUUUAAUGUUGUAAUUAGUGAAGUAAAUUUAUCAGGAUGCAACAUAAAUGUUUAUUAUGCAAUUGAGAUCAGUGGCUUAAUAUAAAAAAAUACAAAUAUUUAAAUAUUAAAUUUAGGGAGCUGUAGAAUAAACUCUUUUGGGCUUAGUUGUAUAUUUAAAGCAGUAUAUAUAUUAUUUAAUUUAAACCAGUUGAUAGAUCAUACAGGACUGAAGAUCUUAAAUUUAUUUAAUAAUUAAGCAUUCACACCAGCAAUAGUUUAAGAUUUUUGUAGAUAUGUUUUAAGUGGAAAAAAUUAAUUAUAAGAGAUAAAUUUAUCUCAUUGUAAUAUUGAAAAUUCUUUAUUAGCAUUAAUAUUUGAUAAUACUCAUCAUUUAAGUUCCUUAAGGUAUGUAAAGUGAUGUUUAAAAUAUAGGCGUAUAAAAUUAUCAUUGAUGUGUUUAAAUUCUGAAGGAAUAAUAGCCUUAUCAAGUAUGAUGCUUAAAUAUACAGGUAAAUUAAAUCUGGAUUAUUUGGAUAUUUCAUAUAAUCAAAUAAAAAAUGAUGGAAUUGAAUUAUUAGCUAAAGGAUUAUUUAUGUCAGUUAGGUAGAUUAGAAUAAAGUCAUUAAAUUUAAAUGGAAAUCAUAUUUCAUAGCCAGAAUUCUUAGAAUAAAUAAUUUUAAAAAUGCAAUUAGAGGAAUUACAUUUAGCUCAUAAUUAAUUAAUUGAAUUUUAAAAUUAGUAAGUUCUAAAUUUAAAAUUAUUGAGAGUUGAUUUAUCAUAUAAUAGAAUAGAGGAAAUACCAAACAACUUUUUUCUAAAUGUAUUUUACUUAAAUCUUUCAAAUAAUUAAAUUUAAACUGAAGGAGCAUAUUAAAUUAGUUAAGUAUUAAGUUCUGAAAAAGUUAGAUGGAUGUAUUUAGAUUUGACUAAUAAUUAAAUUAAAACUAAAGGUUUUAUUUCUAUUAUUUAUGCAUUAAUUGAAAAUACAAGUUUAAUAAGUUUAUCGGUUUCAAAAAAUUAAAUUAAUGGUGAAGGUAUAUUAGUCUAUAUUUUUAAUCAUGAAUAAAUUAGAUUAUAAUAUUUAGAUAUCUCUCACAAUUAAUUAAGAUAUGACUUAGUUUAUGCAUUAAUAUCAAUGAUGAAAGAAUCAAGAUUAAAAUCAUUAAUUUUAUCUUAACUCUUUAAAGAUGAAAAUGAGAUUUAAAGUGGUAAAUAGGAGUAUUUUGAAAUUAAAUGUACAAAUCUAAAGGAAUUAGAUUUCAGUUAUAAUCAUAAAAUUAUGCUGCCAAUAUUAGAAUCACUUAGUAAAUAGUAUAAUAGAAUUGAAUAUCUCAAUUUAAAUGCAUGUGGAUUGAAUUAAACUAUUUUAAUUGAAAGAUUGAGUAUUCUUAUUGAAAAAACAUAUAAUUUGACGACUCUUUAAAUAGCCUAAAACAAUCUAGGAACUUUAAAUUAAUAAGCAUUAGAAUAAAUUAGUAAUGCUCUUAGUAAAAAUUCAACGCUUUUAAAUUUAAAUCUUUCAAGUAAUAAAUUAAAAAACUAAAUAUAACAUUUGAUACAUGGAAUAUAAAAUUGUUGUUCAUUAAGAAAUUUAAAUAUCAGUAAUAAUUUAAUUGAUGAAAAUGAAAUUACUGUUAUAAAAUUACCAUUAUUAUUUAAAAAUCGAAACUUAUAAAUUGUUGAUUUAUCUAAUAAUUGGAUUCAUGGUAAAAUUCUAUAAAAUAUUAAAAAUUGUAUAUAAAAGAUGCAUUCAUAAUUCCCUCAAUUAAUAUUAUCUAAUCUCAAACUUACUGCUGAUGAUUUAUUAAUUUUAUCAGAUAUUAUAUCUGAUAUAUAUUCUUUUAAAGUAUUAGAUAUUAGUUUCAAUCAUUCCAUUGAUUAUAUGAAUAAUUUUGAAGCAUUAAUUGAUAAUAAAGAAGUGAAAUCAUUAACAAUUAAUAAAAUAUAAUGUAGAUUAGAAUCUUAUUAAUUUUUGUAAUAAAUACUAAAAUAAAAUAAAGAUUCGUUAAAAGUAAUAGAAAUAUCGAAUACUUUAAUAUCAUAAAAUUAUUUACUUACUUUGCUAAAUGGAAUGUCUUACACUAAAUAGUUGAAAUCCCUAAUUUUUGAAUAUUAAUUAAUAGAAUAGAAGGAAAUUCUUGAUGCCUUUUCUAAUCUAAUAAAGAUUAAAGCUCUUGCAAAUCUUUAACAUUUGAUUAUAAAAAAAUCAUCAAUGUAGAUUGAAUUUUUUGUUAUUUUGAAAUAACUGCUCUAAUAAACUGAUCAAUUAAUAGAACUUGAUAUAAGUGAAAAUAGAAUAAAUAAAUAAAAAUUUGAAAUUUUAUGUGAAGGAAUUUCUUCUAAUAAUAGUUUAAUUACUUUGAAUCUAUCAAAUAUCAAAUUAGAUGAUUAAAAAUGCAGAUUAUUAAUUGAAUCUCUAUCAAAUAAUAAAACAAUAUAACAACUUGAAUUAUCAAGAAAUAAUAUUACCUAAGAAAGCUAUUAUAAUUUUUUUGACAUUUUUAAAAAUAACAUAUAUUAGUUAAAAAAAUUAAAAUUCUCCAAAACUAAAAAGUAAUCACUUCUAAGAGUACUUCCUGAAUAUAAAUAUGACUUUUUAAUUAAUUUUAAAUAGCCUGAAUAAUCAAUGUUUCUAUUUUUAAAUUUGCUUCAACUUGAUUUAUCGCGAGUAAAAUAUUAAUUACCAUGUUUAUAAUAAUUAAUAAAUAGAAUUAGACCUAACUAAAUAUUUUAAAAUGUGAUAGUGAUAAUUUUCAAUGAAUGUCAAUUUGAAGAUGAUCAUUGUGAACUAUUACUGGAAUUGUUAGCAAAUUAAAUAAAACUAUAAGAAUUAUCUUUAUCAACAAAUAAUAUUACUUCUAAAGGAUAUAACAUGCUUUUUAAUUUUAUAUUAGAAAAUAAAAGUAAAUUAAGAAAAUUAGUAAUUUCUAGGUAAAUAUAAAUAUAAUUAAAUUUAGUAAUUGUAUAGAUUCUCCUAUUCUCUCUAAAAAAUGUUUAUAAAAGUUAACUCAUUUUAAUUUGCUAAUAAUUGAUAAUAAUAAGGUUAUUGGAAAUUAAUAUUUGAUAGAGUUCAUGAAAAUGAAUCCAGGAUUAUAUAUUUAUAAUUCAUGGAGUUGCAUAUCUGAAGAGUUAGCAAUUUAGUUAAUAGAAUAAUAUGUGUAAUAUAGUGUGAAUUAUAAUAUAAAAAUCACUCCUUUUUACUUGAAAAGUCUUAUAAUUAGAGAUUCAAAUUUGACGGAUAUUUUUUUAAUUUUAUUUGGUUAAAAAUAUUUUCACUUUUAAUAUUUGGAAGUUAUUGAUUUUUCAGGGAGUACUAAAUUAUGUACAAGUGUUGGAAAGAUACAUAUGUAUAUCAGCAUGAUAAAUGAAUAAUUUAAGGAAUACAAUCUUAUUGAUGGUAAAAUAGAUAAUGAGGAAAGAAUAAUUAACAUUUUUGAUGAUGGAAUAUUAUAAUGUUCCUUAAUAAAACUUAAGAAUUACUUCUUGAAAAAUAGAAGUUUUGGAAAAUGGAUUAUUUAAUUAAUAAAUACAAAUUAAUGUUAAUAUACAGAUUUUAAGUUAAGUAGCUCUUUAUAUAGAUUUUUAAGAUAAAAAAAACUCUAAAUUAAAACUUAUUGUUUUAUUCAAAUGCUAUCAUCACCUAUUUAAGCAUUUUUGAGUCUCAUUGUAGGAUUUUAUUUUAAUCAUAUAGUAGAUCCAAAAUAAGUCAAUAUAAAUUGUGAAGGAAGGAAUUACUGCUAUUUUAGUAGUUAUAAUUUAUAUAUAACAGUAAUAUCAAUUAUAUAUUUAAUUAUCACAUUUUAUGUUUAAGCAUUGAACUUAUAUGUAGCAAUCAAAAUCAGAUUAGAAGCAAUUCCUGAUUAUUGUAUUAGAACAUUUGAAGAAAAGUAAUCUUAAAUGUACAAAUAUCCUCUUAGACAUGAAUUAAUGUUAUUUUUUAUGCAGUUUUUCAUCUAAAUAGAUUAUUAUUUUGAAUGUUAAAUUAUGGGAUUUUGUGGUAGUUUUAUAAAUUACUUACAGGAAUAAAAUAUUAAAACUGAAUUGUAAUUCAAAUUUUUUGUGCUUUUAUUUGUUUUAUCAUCAAUAACAAUGAUAAAAUUUAUGAUUGUUACUUAUACAAAUUAUUAUAAUAUGCAUUGUCUAUUUAAAAAUUUGGAUGCAGAUUAGGCAACUUUUUUCUCUUAUAUAUGGAAGAUGAGUGAGAAGAAUUAUGUUUUAGAGAAUGUGCUAAGAUAAUUUUGCCCAUAAAUUGGAAUUUAAAUCAAAAGAUAUUUAUUAAAUAGUAGAUAAAUUUCUGAAUUUUUAUAAGCUUUGUUAAUUUAUUUCCCUUUAAUAGUAUGUAUUGGAAUUUAUUACAAUUUAUCCAAAUCAUAUUAUACAUCUUAACAUGAAAGUUUUAUUAUUCCUUCAGUAUACAUCAUCUUUUUGUUUGGAUAUAUAAGAGUAAUUUUCGGAUUCUUUUAUCAUUUAAAUGUUGCACUUAAUUCUCGACCUCCCUAAGUUAAUGGAUUUGACUUAAAUCAUACUCUACUUUAAAGAAAAUAUUAACAAUUUUAUAAAGAGUAAGAGAAAUACAUAAGUUAAGAUGUACAUUAAUAAACUAAUUUAUUCAGUUAAGAUACUAGUAAAAGAUUGAAAAAUGAAAAGAAGUUUUUUAUAAAGAAAAAUACAAUAUAGUUUUGA